AUGAAUUUAGCAGAGAUUUGCGAUAAUGCCAAAAAAGGAAGAGAAUAUGCCCUUCUUGGGAAUUAUGACUCUUCUAUGGUGUAUUACCAGGGUGUCAUCCAGCAAAUCCAGAGACAUUGCCAGUCGAUCAGAGAUCCAGCAAUUAAGGGCAAAUGGCAACAGGUCCGACAAGAAUUGGUUGAAGAAUAUGAACAAGUUAAGAGCAUUGUCAACACUUUAGAGAGUUUUAAAAUGGACAGACCGGCAGAUAUCCCUGUAUCCUGCCAAGAUGAGCCUGUUAGAGAUCCUGCUGUUUGGCCCCCUCCUGUUCCAGCUGAACACAGGGCUCCACCUCAGAUAAAACGUCCCAACCGAGAAGUAAAACCUUUGAGGAAAGAAUCACCAGGACUGCAGCCCCGCGGGCCUGUGGGCAGAGCACACGCCGUGUCCAAGGGUGAGAAGUCUGCAGGCAGCCGCGAAAGGGAGUCCAGAGCUCGAGGAAGAGAUGACAAGGUAAGAAAAAACUUGCAAGAUGAAGUUGGCGAUGGGGAAAUUCCAAAAUUUGACGGAGCAGGUUAUGACAAAGACUUGGUCGAAGCUCUCGAAAGGGACAUUGUAUCAAGGAAUCCAAGCAUUCAUUGGGAUGACAUAGCGGAUUUGGAAGAAGCCAAGAAAUUAUUAAGAGAAGCUGUCGUUCUUCCAAUGUGGAUGCCUGAUUUUUUCAAAGGGAUCAGAAGACCUUGGAAGGGCGUGCUGAUGGUUGGUCCUCCAGGCACUGGCAAAACAAUGCUAGCGAAAGCUGUUGCUACAGAAUGUGGAACGACAUUCUUCAACGUGUCUUCCUCUACUCUGACGUCUAAAUACAGGGGCGAGUCUGAGAAGCUGGUUCGCCUCUUGUUUGAAAUGGCGAGGUUUUAUGCUCCAACAACAAUCUUCAUUGAUGAGAUAGAUUCCAUCUGCAGCCGCAGAGGCACAUCCGAUGAGCACGAGGCGAGUCGCAGAGUCAAGUCAGAGCUGCUUGUGCAAAUGGACGGGGUAGGCGGUGCUCUGGAAAAUGAUGACCCUUCCAAGAUGGUUAUGGUAUUAGCUGCAACAAAUUUUCCAUGGGAUAUCGAUGAAGCUCUCCGACGGAGACUGGAGAAGAGGAUUUAUAUACCUUUGCCCACAGCGAAAGGCAGAGCAGAACUACUUAAGAUUAAUCUUCGGGAAGUAGAACUGGAUCCUGAUAUCAGCCUUGAAGAAAUUGCUGAGAAGAUUGAAGGCUAUUCUGGUGCUGACAUCACUAAUGUUUGCAGGGAUGCCUCUUUAAUGGCAAUGAGACGACGUAUUAACGGCUUAACUCCAGAAGAGAUUCGUGCACUUUCUAAAGAGGAGCUUCAGAUGCCGGUUACCAAGGGGGACUUUGAGCUGGCUCUGAAGAAAAUCUCCAAAUCUGUUUCUGCUGCAGACCUGGAGAAGUAUGAAAAGUGGAUGGCGGAGUUUGGAUCUGCUUAAUUUCAGUGACAGCUCUCCUUUGCUAGAAUUUUAUGGCCUUUGUUGUUUUCACUUGCAAAAUGAGUUAAAAAUCUUUUCAAAUGUUUAAUAAAAGGUUUGCCUCUGCCCCCAUCCCACCCGCUUCUGGUGACAAGAUCUUUUAAAAUCCAUUUGCCUGUAAAGGGAAUGAACACAAUAAUGAGCUGAUAUUGUAAAA